AUGUAUAGCAUUUCUAACAAUUUGAAUGCACAUUAUAUAUUAUGCUUCACGGAACAUGAAUGCAAUAUUUUGUUAAUUAUUUUUGGAAGUUCUUUAGAAAGUGUCAUCAGCACAUGUGAUGUGAUUGCAGCUCCCGCUCAGGUUCCUGCCGGACGGCCAAAGUACGGAGAGAUCCAGAUCAAGAACCUGAACGUUCGCUACGACAGCAGCCUGAAGCCCGUCCUGAGACACAUCAACUCUCACAUCAGACCGGGACAGAAGGUGGGAAUCUGUGGACGGACGGGAAGUGGGAAAUCCUCCUUUUCUCUGGCUCUCUUCAGAAUGCUGGACACGAUCGAGGGGCAAAUAGUCAUUGAUGGGAUUGAUAUCGCAAAGCUUCCUCUGCAGACUCUACGAUCAAAGUUUUCCAUCAUCCUGCAGGAUCCCAUUUUAUUCAGUGGAACGAUUCGGUUUAAUCUGGAUCCGGAGAGAAAGGCCACUGAUCAGAUGCUUUGGGAGGCUCUUGAGAUUGCUCAGCUCAUGCCAGUUGUUAAAGCUCUACCUGGAGGACUAGAUGCGAUGGUGACGGAAGGAGGAGAGAACUUCAGUCAGGGCCAGCGGCAGCUCUUCUGUCUCGCUCGAGCCUUCGUGAGGAAGAGCAGCAUCCUCAUCAUGGAUGAAGCUACAGCGUCUAUCGACAUGGCCACAGAGAGUAUUCUGCAGAAAGUAGUCAUGACGGCGUUUGCAGACCGAACAGUGGUUACGAUAGCAGUGAGUCCCUGCACCUCUUUAAACUAUACUAUACAAAACUACACAGCAGGGGUCUUCAGCUCUGGCCCUCGAGGUCCACUUUCCUGCAGAGUUCAGCUCCAACCUGCGAGUAACUUCCUAGUGACCCUGAAGACCAUGAUGAGCUGGUUUUAGGGUUGGAGCUGAACUCUGCAGGAAUGUGGACCUUGAGGGCCGAGUUGAGAAGCCCUGCUAUACAGCAUUUACUAAAUCUAAAGACUGUCAUCUACUCAUGCCAAUCCACAAAAACCUUAGCAACAUUCACGUUAAUAUGCUGGAUUAUAUGGAAGCUUAUUUCUGACACU